GGGGGUGCUACCCAAGGGGAGUAUGCCUGUCCCAGGAGAUGGUUUCCUGGUGUCCUUUGCCAGGAGGAGACAGUUGGAGUGGUCCUGUCCUAUAGGCCCAGUCUGUUGUGGUUCGGCCUGAGAAGCAGAGGCAACACUGGCACCAGGGUUGGUGCUGGCGGGAAGCACAGGCCAGUGUUCAGUCCCCAUGGCCAGCCCUGGGAAGUUUGGGGCUGUGGAGGCCCGAGAGGAAGAAGGUGAGUUGGAGGCCUCUGCAGGACAUGGUGGAGCAGUGCUGCAGCAAGCCCAAGAGCUCUUUUUGCUGUGUGACAAGGAGGCCAAGGGCUUCAUCACCCGGCAGGACCUGCAGGGUCUGCAAAGUGAUCUGCGCCUGACGCCGGAGCAGUUGGAGGCUGUAUUUGAGAGCCUGGACCAGGCACACACCGGCUUCCUCACUGCCCGAGAGUUCUGUCUGGGCCUGGGGAGGUUUGUGGGCCUGCAACCGGCUGGGGGAGCGACCCCCUCGCCGACUCCCGAGGAAAUCUUCGAGUCUUCAGACCUACGAGGCUCCAGAGACUCCCUGGACCAGGAAGAGGAAGAUGAGGAGGAUGUGGAGCGAUUCUGCGUUGUGCUGGAGCAGCUGGGGGUGGUCCGGGUUCUGGGCGAGCAGCGUGCCGUGAGGACGCUCUGGGCCCAGCUGCAGCUCGAGAGGCCCGAGCUGCUGGGCUCCUUCGAGGACGUCCUGCUGCAUGCAUCGGCCUGCCUGGAGGCGGGCGAGGCGCAGGACCGUCGAAAGCAGAUGCAAAGGGACGUGGUUGCGGUCUCAAGGAACAUGCAGAAGGAGAAGCUCAGCCUCCUGCGGCAACUGGAGCUUCUCAGGGAGCUGAACACACGGCUGCGGGACGAGAGGGACGCCUGUGAGGCCAGGCUGCUGGGCCCCUGCCACAGGAAGGCCCUGGACACCGUGGGCCUGCCCGGACCAGCCUGCUGUUGCUGGGCUCUGCCACCCAGACGCGGUUCUGGCCACCUGCCCAGUGCCCGGUGACCAGACGUCUUGGGCCACCGCAGGACCUGCCACUUGUCCUGGGUGUGGGCUGCCCACCCAGCACCCCACUGGAACUGACCUGCGGGUGGUCAGGGCCGUAGGGCCUCGCGUGCCCCUGCCAUUCUGCACUCUGCCUAGCAAAAAGUAAAAACAAAAGCGUUCAGCCCAAUAAAGCGCGCCUACUGCACUGCCCUAGCUCCUGGACCUGCGGUGCUGGGGUGUGGUCCCUGUGUGAGUCCUCUUUGUCUCAGGCCAUGCGGCCCUCGCCCACCAUCUGUCAAAGCUGAAGCCCGGCGGCUCGAGUCUUGCUGAGGUUCUGGUUCACCAGGGAACAGCGGGCAGUGACAGCGGCCGGUCCGCUCUAGCCCCAGGCGGGGCCUGAUAUUUACCCUCACCCCCAGCCCCACGCCUAGCCUCACGCCCUCCAGGCAAGGGACGCCUGCAGAGACCGCACUCCUCCCGGGUACUCGGGGCAUCUACUACUCUACAGAGCGGCGCAGGUGCAGGCGGCGCUAGCUUGGUCUCCUCCCCUUCUGCGUGUGUCCGCCGACCCCUGAAGCCUCCCACAAGUUCCUGGGAUUGGGCUCUGGCUGGGGGGCGACAUCCUCCCCGGGCACUGCCUCUGCUGUCUCUAGAUGGGCGCUCGCUGGGUGGUGGGCGCCACCAGGCCGCGGUUUCUCUGCCUGCAGAGCCUCGCACC